AUGUAUAGCUCAAAAGCAAUUUUGUUAUCAAUGUAUCAAAAAUUUAUUCAAGAUGAAGUUAACAUCUAACUCCAGUAGCCCAAGAAGCUGAACCAAAAGUAAUAAUAAAAAAAAAAAUCAUAAUACAAAAGUGAUUAAUAAUAGAAAUCUCAACAACAAUAAAAGCAAUAACUUAGAUAAUCUGAAUAAAAUUAAUAAAUCGAACAAGAUUCACCUGAAUCAUCAGAAGAGGAAGCCUAAGAAGAUGAGUAAAAAUAAAUUGAAUUACAAAAAUAAGCAGAAUUAGACAAGCAAAAAUUACUACAAGCUGAAUAAAGUGCAAAAUAAACAAAGCAAAAAAAACCAGAAGUCGAUAAAUAAAAAUCAUCAACUUAAAAAGAAGAUUCAUAAAUCUAAAAACAACAAUAAUAACCUAUACAACAAAAGGCUCCAACUUAAAAAGAAAAGAUUAAUCCUUAAACCCAAUAAGAGAAAAAAUAGAAAUAAAAAUAGGAAAAAUAAAAAUUUAGAGUAGAGAUUGAAGAAGAUGAAAAUGAUGAAGAAUGGGUAGAAGUUGGUAACAAAAAAAAGCUUCCCCCAUAAUAAUCACAAAAAACAUAAUAAUAAUAAUAAGAAAGAAACUAGUAACAAGGAAUUAAAUAAACAUAAGAAUUAAAAUAAGAGGAUACAAAGUAGCAAGUGAUCAAAGGUUAACCACAAAUUCAACCUUAGAAAUAGCAAUAAUAGUAAUAAAACAUCCCUUAAAAACCAUAAUAACCACAAUAACCAUAAUAACCCAUAGUAAACUCUUCCUAAAAGGUUUAGUAACCAAAAUAAUAAUAACAAACAUAACCAAUUGUCUAAACACAGUAAAAACCAAAUAACUAAGUCUAAGAUUAGUCAAAAUAAAAACAGAAUGAGAAUGAUAAAAAUUAAACUAAAUAAUAAAAAAAGCAAUUAAAAAAAAUUGUUGAUGACUAAAUUGAUGAAGAGGAGGGGUGGAUAUCUGUCGAACCAAAAUCAAUUAAGAAUAUAAACAAAGAAUAAGAUUCAUCCAAAUAAGAAGCAGAAGAAGUUAAAUAGACAAAAAAAAAAGGAUUAUUCACGAAAGAAGAAUACUAAUAGUUAAAAGAAGAUGCUAAAAAGAUUGAGGAAGCAUAUAAAUUGAGAAUUCAAUAAAUAGAAGAUAUCCAUAGAGCAAAGGUCAUUUCUAAACAUACUUAAUAUGAAGUCAAAAAUGCUGAUUAAUUGUUCAAAACAUAGUAUGUUGCUGCUCCCCCAAAAAUUGAAUAUAAAAUGCCUGAAGUUUAGCCAAAGUUUAUGACUAGAGAAGAAAUAGAUCAAUUAAUCUAAGCCAAAAUGCCAAAAACUAGAGUUUUUGUAGAAAAGUCAGAACCACUCCCACAAUAAGUUGUUAAAUCAUCAGAAACUAAAAAAAUUUAAUUCAAAUCCAAAAUUAAUUUCCUUAAACCAAUCUAACAAGAGAAGAACGAGUAGAAACUAUUUACUGACCCUCCUAUUACUUUUGAAACAAAUAAAGACACUUCAAAAUCAUUCUUCACAACUUAGGUAGUUCUAACUGUUAAUACAACUGGAAAAGAUGUUUUUGGAAGGGUCAAGAAAUUUAGAAGGCCUAUAUAAGAAAAAAAACAACCUGAGCAAAAAUAAAAGGAAAUUUAUCAAGUAAAGGCAAAUGAAUUGAAUUAAAAACCAAAAGACCAAGAUGAAAAUUAAUAAACAGGUGAAAAGGAGCCUACAACUUCCAUAUUGUUAAAUAAAUCUGAAGCUUAAGAUUAAAAGCACGAAAGUGCAAAUACAAAAAAACCAUAAGUGAGGUUUGAAGAAAAACCUAUAUUUGAACCAAAAGUCCAAAAGCCAAAAGAAUAAGAUCCAUAGGAUCUCUAAACUACCACUUAAAAUCAAAAUACCCAAGAUUAAAAGUAAAAGUCAAAUUAAAAAUAAAAGUAACCUUAAAAAAAUUAAUAACCAUAACAAAGGGAUUUAUAUGAAGUUAAGCAACCUCAACAGGUUUAAAAAGUGGUUUAGAAAAAACCAGCUAAGUAAUCUUCAAAUGAGCUUUAUGUACCAAAAGCGAAAGAAACAGAUGAGAUAAUAAUAAAAAAUUAAAAUAAUGAAAUAAAACAAGACGAUAAUUUGAAUUAAAAUAAUUAAAUCAAACAUAUUGAAUAAGAACCAUUAAAAAUAUAAGAAUAAUAAGAAAUAAAUAUUCUAAAAGAAAUAGAUAUUGAGAGCGAGUUGAACCUUUAGAGUGGAAACCAAGAAAUAUAAAUUGAACUAUAAUAAGGAAAUUUAGAAUAAAAUAUUCUAAAUGAAGUUGAAUAGAUUGUUUAAACUGGUUCAAAUUAACCUUAAUUCGUAGAAGAAGAAGAAGUAUUUGUAAGUAAGGAUAAGCCUGUUGAAAAUCAACAAAAUACUUAAUAAUAAUCAGGAAGUAUUGUUGAAUAGAUCGUUUAAACUGGUUCAAAUUAACCUUAAUUCGUAGAAGAAGAAGAAGUAUUUGUAAGUAAGGAUAAGCCAGUUGAAAAUCAACAAAAUACUUAAUAAUAAUCAGUUAAUAUCGUUGAAUAGGUUAUUUAAACUGGCUCAAAUUAACCAUAGUUUGUCGAAGAAGAAGAAGUAUUUGUCAGUAAGGAUAAGCCAGUUGAAAAUCGACAAAAUUCUUAAUAAUAAUCAGAGAAUUUCGUUGAAUAAGUUGUUUAAACCGGAUCAAAUUAACCAUAGUUUGUAGAGGAAGAAGAAGUAUUUGUCAGUAAGGAUAAACCAGUUGAAAAUAAAGAAAAUACUUAAUAAUAAUCAGAAAAUAUUGUUGAAUAAGUUGUUUAAACCGGAUCAAAUUAACCAUAGUUUGUAGAGGAAGAAGAAGUAUUUGUAAGUAAAGAUAAACCAAUAGAAAAUAUCUAAACUAAUACUGAAUCUAAAAAAUCUGUUCAACUUUAAUAAGGGGUAUAAUAAUAAGAAAUCGAUAAUGAAGUUGAAAUUAUAUAGAAAGGAGAAUUGCUUUAAGUUCAAAAUGAUAGUACAGAAUUCAUACCUGCCUAAUAGUUAUCGUCUCAACAAUAAAAACAAGAUUUUAAUUAGAAAAUUCUUUCAAAAUUAGAUGCUCCUAGUCCAAUCGAUAGAGAAUAAAAAAUAACAUCCAUGUCAAAUAUUAUGCAAAAUGAAUUUUCUUAAGAUAUAAGAGAAGAUUCUUCUUUUCUUGCUGAAAUGGAUUAAAAAUAAAGAGUUUUACCUGGAUAUUUAGACUUAACCUUUAAUAGCAGAAAGAAAUUAAUAAAUAAGAAUAUACCUGUUACUUAUAGAACAGAACCAGGAUACGAAAACAUUUUAGAAUUAGAAACUAUGAGUUUAAUUUUGGAUGGAUGCAAAGAAAUAAUUGCUGAUGAAUACGUAAAUUAUUUAGAAAAUGUAAGAAGAAUUAGAAGAAGUGCAUUAAACUAAAAAAGAUUCUCUGAUUACAUUAAAUAUGUUAUUCAAAUGGCUGAGGAAUAAUUUAGGAUAAUCUAAGAAGGUUUUAAUUGUAUUGCAUAGAGUUUGAAUAUUAAUGAAGAAGCAUUUUAAAAUUCUUUUGUAUUUUACUCACAACAUGAAGAAUUUGGAAAAGAAUUCGUAGAAUAAUUAACUUUUGUUCAAUAAAAUAUGAAAGACAUCCCUUAAAUUAAAGUCUCUUUAAGAAAACAAUAAGGAAUCGAACUUAUGAAAUAUUAAAUAGAUGUCAUAGAAUCUUAUACAAAGCAUGAAUACUUUGGUUAAAUUUUAGAUCUUUUCAAUGAUAUGGAAGAUGUUUAAGAUGCUAAACCAAUUCUAUUAAAUACAUUGAUUGAUGAUGUAAUUUUUGAAAAAUAUGGAUAUGAGGAAGAGGAUAAAAUUAAUUUUAUGAAAAAAUUUCAUAACGAUAAAGAAGUUAAGAGUCUGCAAGCUAAAUAAGAGAAUUUAGUUGAAAAUUUAUUCAAUAUUUAAUUGGAAUGACUUAUUUUUACAUAUACAAUAAAUGAGCAUUUUCAUUUUA